AUCACACGUUUAUUUCUGUAGAUAAUUGUACGGUUUAUAAUUGCGAAAAAUCAAAAAUACCUUCGAAUUUUGUAUAUUUCCAUAAAAAAUGAAUGAUUGUUUUACAUAAUUCUAAAAUAUAUUCAUCGAUCUUAAUAAUAUACUUCAACACCACUAAUUAUUAAAAAAUAUGGUGUUACUAGGAAAUGAUGAGUUUCUUGUGGAACUCACGAAACUAUUUCAAAAAGCUCGUGGUGAAGGUUCGGUGACUAUGACGUUGAAGAGAUACGACGGUCGCACAAAACCAGUACCCAGAGAUGGUACCCCUGUUAUCAAGAACCCAAGUUACAAAUGUCUAAUUAGAGCUCAAUGUCGAAGCAAUAAAAUUUCUACAGUUGUAGAGCAAAGGGAUGUGGAAAAAUUUAGCACUGCAUAUUCAAACUUACUUAAAACAAGUGUCAAUGGAUUAAAACGAUUAAAGAAACCCAAGAAGAAAGCCAUGGCUACUCAGUAACCAAUUUCUAAUGAGGUUAAUGUGUAAAGACUAAAAGUUAUGACCUAAAGAGUGUAUGAAGGAAGUAAUAGAAAAGUGCAUCAGUGUGUGUUCUAGCAUGUGACAGGCUCCAUUGAACUGUGCUCUUCGCUCUUUAGUGAGAUUUGGGGAGUUGGAGACGUCCAUCUCUGCCAGACAUGCUGUCAUAACUUGAUUAUUGUCCAUCUGUCCAAUUAUAUGAUUUUGUAUGCAUACUUUAGGUCUUUAUAAAUAUAAAGUUUUGUUUAUUUACUUCAUUAUAUGUCAAGAACAAC